AUGACCAGGAAUAAGGAUGAAGUAGAGGCUCUCCUGAAUUGGAAAUCUACUUUUGACAACCAUAGCCAAUCUCUCCUCUCUUCAUGGCAUGGCGACAAUCCUUGCCACUUUAUCGGUGUCACUUGCAACUACUAUGGAGCCAUCAUCCAUCUAAAUCUUUCCUAUGUUGGUUUGAGAGGAACUCUAGAUGGCCUUGACUUCUCAUGCUUAACCAGUGUGGUUAGCUUUGAACUCGCCAACAACUCGAUCUAUGGCUCCAUCCCCUCAAGUAUUGGUAACCUUUCCAAACUCAACUCUCUUGAUCUUCGCUUCAAUGAACUGUCUGGGCAAAUUCCUCCAAGAAUAGCCUUAACUUCCAUUGAUUUAUCCUACAAUAACUUGGAAGGUCCUCUCCCAAAUGUCAAAGCUUUCAAUGAGGCUCCAUUUGAGGCAAUGCAGCAUAACAAAGGGCUCUGUGGAAAUGUUAUUGGUAUACCGAAAUGCAAUUCUGUUAAGAGCAAGAAACGCAAUCCACAUGUUCAAGUUAAAAUUGCGAUUAUCCUCUUUCUCUCGUUGUUGGGAAUUAUCCUUCUCUCUUGCACCUUAAUUGCUCUUAUAAUCAUCAAUCAUCAUCAAAGAAGGAUUAUCAAGAGAGAGAACAAUGAACGGGCAAAUGAUUUGGAUUUCAUGCAUAUUUUGAAUUAUGAUGGCAAAGUUUUCUAUGAUCGAAUCUUUGAGGCUACAGAAGGAUUUGACUCGAAGUACUAUGUGGGUGAAGGAGCAUAUGGAAUUGUUUAUAAAGCUCAUAUAUCAGAGGGUCAAACGUUUGCUAUAAAGCAAACCUUAUCAUCCCAAGACGAUAGUGAGAUUGUUGAUUUGAUACCAUUCAAAAGGGAAAUUCAAGCCUUAAGAAAUGUACGCCAUCGUAAUAUUGUGAAAUUUUAUGGGUUCUGCUCUCAUGUCCAACACUAUUUUUUGGUGUAUGAGUACAUGGAAAGAGGAAGCUUGAGAACAAUUUUGAACGAUAAUGAAAGAGCAAUAGAAUUUCAUUGGGACAAGAGGGUAAAGGUGGUCGGAGGAGUUGCGGAUGCUUUGGCCUAUAUGCAUCACGAAUGUUCGCCUUCAUUGAUUCAUCGAGACUUGACCAGUAACAACGUUCUAUUGGAUCGCAAUUAUGAGGCUCGUGUUUCCGAUUUUGGCACUGCAAGACUAUUGUGGCCGAAUUCAUCAAACUGGACUAUUGUUGCUGGCACCAUAGGGUAUAUUGCUCCAGAGCUGGCUUACUCUUUGAUUCCUACUGAAAAGUGUGAUGUAUAUAGCUUUGGAGUCGUCGCCUUAGAGACAAUCAUGGGAAAGCAUCCAGGAGAUCAUAUCUUUGGGGAAUGUUCAUCAUCCACCCAAACUGAAUCGCCGCCGAUAUUGUUGAAGGAUGUGUUGGAUCAACGUCUCUCGCCUUCUAGACUUUGUCUUCGAGAUGCGCAAGACGUAGUCUCAAUCGCCAAGCUAGCAUUCAUGUGCUUGCAAGCGGAUCCACAGCUUCGACCGACUAUGGGACAAGUCUCGCAUGAGCUUCACGUUCAAGUACCCCUAGAAACGCCACUCUCUACUAUCACCUUAGAGCAACUUCGCGAUCUCAAUGUCAGGAAAUUUUGA